GAUAUAUGUGACGUAACACUAAUAUUUACACCGUUUGCUCUGUAUUAAUUAUUAACGCACCCAGCUGUAACGCACGUCUUUCAACGGUUAUCUGCGGUACACGAUCGUUAUCAAAUGAAACAAAUUCUUCAUUAAUAUAUUUAAUACCAUAUGAAGUUUAAAAUGGUUUGAACCCAUUUAUUGCAUAUGGCUGACAUAAAAAAGAUUUGGGACGACUUCAAGAAGGCAUCCCCUAGCGCCAUCGUUUUUCGUUGUAUCAAGUGUGAGGCUGACGUCGACGAGCAAACAUACAGAUGCACUAAAUGCCAACAGCAAAACAAACUUGGUAUAUAUGUACAGAAACAAGAUUAUGCAAAUCAACCCUGCCGGUGGGUUCGUAUCAGAGAACGUCCUGUGAAUGUUACUGAUCAGCAACUUGGAUUGUGUCCAGAUAAGAAAUGCCAGAAAGGAAGCAAGAAAUGCAAAAAAGGACACAGUGAUUCUGAACUUCUGUUGUGGCAACUGCUGCGAGAACAUGAUUUAUUUCUGAGUAAUUUUCUACCGCAGCUGAUUUACCUUGACAUUGACGAUGUCACACAUGUAGUUGAACCAACUAUUGUCCAGCAUACUCCACCAAGAAAAAGAAGCAACCGUCGAUACUCGUCGAAUCGACAUACCCACAAUAAUAAAGGUCUGCACGGUGACAAAAGUAACGAACAAAAAAAAAUUGAAUACUUCUUGAGGCAUGAAUGCGAUAGAGGAAGGUUUUUCUAUGCCUGUGAAGCAUGUUACAAGCUAAAACCCUGCAUUGUGAAAGAGAUGGAAAUUGGCGAUGGAAAAAAAUUACGGCUGCAUUGUACUUGGUGUGAAAAAAGUGAAGGACUACUACUUUAUGAGAAAAUAACUCAUGGUAAUGGAGGUGUAGUUUUUUAUGAAUAUGAAAUAAUUGGAGAGAGAAGAUCUACUACACGGGGAAACUCAAUGUGCAGGCAUCACCUUCGAGGAACUUGUUCUAAAACGAAAUGCACAUUUGCGCACAGUUAUUUGGAACUUCAAGUGUGGAAGCUGGAGAGUAGGAGCACAUCCAGACAAUGGCUUGUGAACUUCUGCAAAGGACAAGCCCCAAUAAACAGGGCAACUCUUGAUGGGAUGUUUUAUUGUGAUCUAUGCUGUUUGGGUUUUUCUAGUCAUGAUGAAUAUUUAAAGUACAUGGGACAAAAUCAUGUCCAUUUUCCUGAUAUCAAAAAGAGAACAAAUUGGAUAUUUAAAAAAUAUGAAGUCCGGGAUUUUGAAUUAUGCAGCUACGAGGAAAAUUAUCCUCCUGAUUGUAAUUGUAAAAAUGCUCAUAGCGACUUGGAACUUGAGGAAUGGAAUCAGCGACUUUUGCUAGAGAAAGCAAGAAACAACUUCACUCUCACUGAAAUACCUCAAAACUAUAUUUCAAUUCUGCAACAAAGAAUUCAAACCGAACGUCUGGAGGAGAUUACGCGUUUGAAAGGAGUUCAACUCAAAGUUGAUGAUAGAACGAAAGACAUUGAUAUCAAAACUGAGAAAACUAAAUGGAAAUUGAAGAUCAACAUCACUAAUACAAAUUUGAAAUUGAAUCAUGUCAGUUUUCCAUAUAAAUAUGGAUUUGAAAUACGACAUCUUGAUCAAUCUCAUUACAAAUAUCAUAUUGCGUUGGAUGACAAUAUUAGAAAAAACUUGGAAUUUAUGGUGUUAUUCACAAAUCCAAACAGUUAUGGAAAACAUGUUGGAGAAUUAGUAUUUGACUUUAAUGAUGGACAAAAACCAGUAAAUAUAUUAUUUGUUGUUUUCAUACAUGGUGAAGGGAUUGAACUUCCUGAAAACAAUCUUCAAAACAACUGGAUUUCUGACAGAAAGAUUAUCAAACAUCCUAUGCUGACAAACCAGAUUGGAAAAUAUGAAAAAAGAAUUUCGGAGCUCAAAAACGAGUAUCUUCCUCCAAAGGUUAGGAGUGAUGUUAUGGAUUUUACAGACAUAACAAGAAUCAACUAUGCAGAGAAAAUGCACAAUUUGCUUUAUGAAGAAGAAGAAGCAAGAAGAAUUUUGCUUGCAAAGUUGAAUAUUGAAUGUGAUUUGGAAGUCUUAUCACCGGGAAAUUCGGAAGGCCAUGUGCUGGCUAAGCUUCAACUUCCUGUAAAUGUAUCAACAGAUGAAGGAUUGCUUUUUAAAAAAACUUGUUCAACGGUUCUCAUAGGUGAAAAAGAUGACAUAAAUGCAUACGAAGCUAUUAUAAUUUCUUGUAAUGAAAGUGAAGUGUUGAUUGAUAUAUCACCCAAUUGUACAAAAAAUUUGCAACUUCAUGAAGGAAGAAAAUUACUGCUUCAGUUUCAACUUGAUAGGAGUGUGUUCUGCCUACAGCAUUAUGCUAUUGACUGUUUGAAGAAAAAAACAUCAUUAAUAUGUCCAGCUCACGAGAAUUAUGCUAGUUUGAACUAUGAUUCUACUAAAUUGAAAUGUAAGGAGUUGGAUGAUUAUCAGAGUGCAGUUUUUGAUUAUCUUCAAUGGCAAAAGAAAGAUGGCGUUCAUAACCUAAAUAAAAGUUAUCCACCCUUGAUAGUAGCAGGACCAUUCGGAACUGGGAAAACACAUACUUUCAAAAUCAUAUUGAUAGAGCUGAUGAAAAUGGGUGAAAAGGAAACAACAAUUCUUCUCUGUACUCAUUCAAAUAGUUCCGCAGAUUCUUAUGUGGAAGAUCAUAAAUUUGAAAAGUGGAGAGGAAAAAUUUUGAGACUGUAUUAUCACAAACGGCGAAUUUCAACUGUUAAGGAAUCAGUAAGAAAAUAUUGCCUUAUCAAAAAUGAUGCAUUUUGUUAUCCAAGUUUGAAACAAUUAAGAAAGUUCAAACUAGUGAUUACAACUUUCUCUGCUGUUAUGGCUCUCGGCAUAGAAACUGGAUUGGAAGGAAACGUAUUCACUCAUAUUUUUUUGGAUGAAGCUUCACAGGCUAUGGAAGCAGACGUUAUAAUGCCUUUGACAUUAGCAAGUUUGGAAAACACCAGGGUUGUCAUUGCUGGUGAUCACAAACAAAUGACUCAAAAGAUGUAUUGUACCUCAAGUAACCAAGUUCAAACGUUGCUUGAGAGAGUCUACGAAGCUUAUGAAAAUGUCGACAAAAGAUGCAGAGUCCUUUUGACAAAUAACUAUCGUUGUGUCGAUGGAAUAUUGCACUUGAUAACUAAAAUUUUUUACAAAGAAAAUAUUUUGAAGAAAACUGGAAAUAUUCAAUGUAUCAGUGGAGCACAACCUGUGUAUUUCAUUCACAUACAAGGUGAAUGCAUUGUAACAGAUGAGGGAGAGUAUGUGAAUAAAGAGGAAGCAUUCCAAAUCAUGCUUGAAUGUAAAGAACUUUGCGAAAAACUCGAACUGGUUGAACUUGAAGAUAUUGUCGUGCUUACCGCAAAUCUCCCACAGGCUCGUUUAAUCCGAGGCGUUCUUCGACAAAAUGGACUAAGAGACGUUUCUGUUCAAACAGUGGGGAAUGUACAAGGUCAACAAUACAAAGUUGUCAUUCUCAGCACUGUCAUGCGUCGUCAAUUUUGUUUUACUGGUGAUAAUUUUGGAUUUCUUUCUGAUGUGAGAUUAUUGAAUACAGCAUUAACAAGAGCUCAGUCAAUGAUAUUGGCAGUUGGAGAUGCUGUUACACUUUGCUCUACAGGGAGUUGUAAAAAUCAAUGGAAGAUAAUCAUGAGGCAUUGUGAAGAAAACAGUGCAAUUCUUCCUCCAACUGUUAACGUUCAGUCCAUAAAAAGAGAAAUUCAAAUUGCUGAUCAAGUUUUAAAUAUAUCUGCCAUUGAAUUUACACCUGGUUUGAAUAAUGAUGAACGAAAGGAAGAGUCUCAUAAUGCUGAUGAUCAUGAUGGUGAGAAGCGAAACAUUGAAUCAAACAGUACACAGGAUUUGAGUAUGAAUGGAAGUGAAUAUGACGAUGAUGAUAAUGAUUCUUGGUGUUCAGAAGACACUAUUGAAGACAAAAUUCUAGAUGAUAUGUUGAAAAGAUUGAUGGGAAUUGAUUCAUCUGAAAUUACUGUUGGAAUAAGAAACCACGGAGAAGAAAUCAUACAUUAUGGUGAAACAGGAGACUUUCACGAUGAAGAUCCCAACGAUUCUGGAACACCUUUGCGAAAAUCUUCUGGCAAUGCGAUAUAUCCAAAAUAUACUAUACAACAACUUGAGCAAUUCUUGCUGAAUGAUCCCAGCAAGUACAAACGUUGCAGAAUUAAUAUGAUCAACUGGUGUACUGCAAAAGCUGUUCCAGUUGAUGAGUGUGGAAAAAUCAAAUCAGCUCCUGUUUCAAAUAUUUCUAAUAAUGAAAAUACUGAUAAUGAUGAUGAUGAUGAUGAUGAUGAUGAUGAUGAUGAUGAUGAUACAUCAACAGCAGAUGAAGAGUCUGAAUCGGAAAGUUACUCGGGCAGUUUUGGGGGGGAUUCUGUAGUUGAAAAUAGUGACGCAGUACAACCUUCAACUUCCUUUAUAAGCCCUGCCAAAAUAUCGCCUUAUAUUUCUAUUGAAACAAGAGGCAAUUUGGGAAGAACAUUUGAUAAAGACGAAGUCUUGGUCAAGAUACUAGAAAAUCGCAAGACUGCAGAAGUACAAACUGGAACUGUUCAAAAGCAAUAUGGAAAAGUUCUUGGUGUAUUGAAGAAGAGAUUCAGAAAUCCCAAGGAUAGGAGAUUUUUAUGUCGACCUGAUGAAUUUAAUACUACCCUUAUGUGUCCGAUUGAUAAGAAAGUAACGAAGAUAAUCAUCGUUACUCCAAAAGGCCACAAGCAGUCUGCUCGUUCAAAGAUUCCCAUUUAUCGGCCGACUGGUAAAAGGGGACAGUGGACUGACUUGGAGCUAUCACAUGAAGUAGAAGUGAGUGAUGAUAAAGUUUAUGUUGUCCGGUUUUUGAAAUGGUCUGAAUACAUUCCAUAUCCUAUUGGGUAUGUUGAAGCAUCAUUUCCUAUGUGUGACUUCAAAAAGUAUCUCAAAUUGGAAUAUGGAGUACCUGGUGACCAUAGACCAGGAUUGAAAAGCCUUGCUAAAAGACUUAAAGUUCCAACAACCAAGCAAGAACCAAUAGAAGUAUUCACAAUUGAUCCCGAGAAAUCUAUGGACUUGGAUGAUGCAAUAAGCUUGGAAAAGUGUGAUGUCGACGGCCACAAUAAUUGUUUUAAAAUUGGAAUCCAUAUCACUGAUGUUGCAUCUGUACUAUUAGAGGGUUCAGAAAUAGAUCGCGAUGCCCAAAAACGUUUUACUACAUUUUAUGGCUGUGAAAAUGAAGAACCUAUACACAUGCUUCCAUCUGAAUUAAGCACAUCCAAAUGCAGCCUUCUACCAAAUGAAGUACGUCCCGCAAUUUCGACCUUUUUUCACAGUUGUGAAAAAGCACCACAUGUAUCAGGCUUUGUUCCUAAAGAGCCACAGAAAGUUUUUGUAAAGUCAAUCAAAAGAUUGAGUUAUAGAGAAGCUGAAGAACUAUUAAGUCAGAAUGACUAUGUUGAAUCCACAGACAAAAAUUUGUCAGAAACUUUGGGUAUCUUAUGGAGCAUCAUGUGGGACUGGCGUGUUUCGAGAUUGAAUAGUGCAGCAUACUAUACAGGUUCAAGUUCCGGUGUAUUUCGAGCUCAUCUGCUCAUCGAAGAAGCAAUGAUUACAGUAAAUGCUAACACUGCAGCAUAUUUGAGCAAAGAGGGGAUUGAGUUUCCUUUGAGGAUACAAGCAAUUCCUGAUGAAAGUGAAUGGAGAACAUGGGAAAGGUUAUGUCAUAAUCUAAUUCCAAAUUCUAGUUACAUGACGUCUUGCUCGAAAUAUUUAAAAAAUUUGAAAAGGAUUGAAGAGGGUGCUCCCAAAGAUGAGGAAAAUGUAAGCGAGGAUGAAGAUAUGGAAGGCAUUUGGGAAGUACAAACUAGAAGAAGAAAAAAGAAUGAAAAAAGGAAGGAAGACAAUGACCAUCAAAUGCCAAGUUCAAUCCAACCACUUACAAACAUUUGCUUGUUCGAUACAUUCUGGAAACGCAUGAAGAAGUGUUUCGAUGAAAGGAAAUUGGAGAAUUUUAUCUUUCUUGCGGCUUGUGAUGAUUUUCAUCCCUCACUUGUUUCAACUGUUGAACGCUAUCGUGGAAUCCAGAAAAAAUCAGAAAUGACUUCCACGAAAAAUUUCCACUUUUCCUUACGCCUGGAUCGGUACACAUGGAGUUCUUCCCCAAUUCGAAGAUAUAUUGACAUUAUAAUACAACGAUGUAUUCAUACUGUGCUAAACAAACAUAACAUUUCUUCUUCUCUUCAUGACGCAAUUCAAAGGAUAUGUUGGCAAUAUGAAGACAGGGAUAAACAGUAUGAAAAACAAUUAUGUAUUACUGAGAAGGCACAAACACUUAAGGCUCAACCAGAGGUUGUUCAGGCUUGUGUUACACUGAUAACAGAUGCAUAUAUGCAAAUUGCACUUCCAUCGAUGAGAAAGUAUGUAUCACGACGAGCAAAUGAACUUUCAUAUGCUCAGCUUACUAUUAAACAAGGUGUAGCAUAUAACGAUUUUGAAGAUGUGGAUGAAGAAAAAAAAAUACGAACUUCCCAGGGUGAUCUCAUAUUGAAUAAAUAUUGCCUUGUAUGGAAAUUCCGGUACUAUGAUCACAGUAGAUUGGGAAUUGAAAAUGUUAAGAAUAUGCAGAUGACAAGUUCAGUAGUGAAUAUUCCUGCACAAACAUGGAAUUCGUUUGUUAAAAUAAUUUCUAAACCACCAAGAAGAUCCGAUUCUGAAUUUAAGAAGGUCAUCUUCGAAAGUGAUUUAGAAGAAGCUGUUGAAAAAAUUUCAAGGGAAGCAGAGCCUGGUAUAGACACGUCGCAUGAUAGGAUGGUUGGGGAUACACGAAACAAUCCCAAACCAAUAAAACAUCUGAGAGAAAUUAAAUGGAAUGUAACUCCUGGCUCACCACUCAUUGUUCAAAUGUCAUCGUCAACUGAUAAAAGAUUUCUUCCUGCACCAGCUGUUCAACUACUUCGUAUAGCAGAUAACUAUGAUGUUUGCAUUGAGCAUUGUCGUGAUCCUGUUAAUGUUUACGCCUCUGAUGCAACAGCAACAGCAAGUAGAACAAUAAAGACAAUAGACGAUUACCGAAAAAAAUGGGAACCACUGGUACGAAUGGAUGCUGCAAACAGCGCAGUAAAAGAAGGAAGUUCAAUAACACAUGAUGGUGUGAAAAUAGUCUGGAGGAAGAUGAAAAAGAUUGUUGAUGUGAAGAAUAGUUCAUUUGGUGACAGUGUAAAAAGUAAAUACUGUGUUGUCAAUUACUUUGAUUUAAAUGAUCAUUUUUGUGAAGAAAGAUAUAUCAAAUUUCAUCUUGGCGAUCUACUUUGUCUCAGAUUAAAAGGAAUUCCUGCAACAACAGAAAAUGAAAUUGAAGAUAGUGACGUCAAACUUUCGACACACACUAUUGUUUUACAUGGUAUCAUUACAGGUGUUAAGGAACCAUCCAAGGAAUCAAAAAAGCUGAGGAUAUUAUUUGAAGUACCCCAUAAUCACCUUUCUGAAAAAGCCAAAAGCUUUGCUGAGGCAAAAGGUACAAGAUGGACGAUUGAAGUCAUUCCACUCUCUUACUCACACAGGCAAAUGCAAAGCACUCUCAGAAAUAUUGGAAACACAUCAGAUUUGAAUAAAAGCAUUUGUUUGGGGACAAUACAUCCAGCACCAAUAACAUACAGUGAGGAAAUUGAAGUAAAUAUUGCUACUAAAAGAAAAAUGAAAGGUUUUCGGUUUUCGUUGAAUGAAGAACAAUUCAAACAAGAACAGAAAGCAAUCAGACAAAAUUUUCAUCUGAUUCAAGGACCUCCAGGUACUGGAAAAUCAUACUUAGCAGCUCACUUAGCUGCAAAAUUUGCAUAUAUGAACAAAUAUUCUGGAGAAGGGAAAAAAGUUUUGUAUUGUGGUCCUUCUAACAAAUCUGUUGAUGUAGCAGCAGGGUUUUUAAAAGAUAUAAAUAGGCUUAAAGUUGUGAGGAUGUACAGUAUUGGAUUGGAAGAAAAAUUAUAUCCAAAUCCUUUGAAACCAGAAGAGCCAUCAUUGGAUUCAGAAGACGCAAAGAAACCCAACGAAGAACUGAAGAGUUUAGCUCUACACAAGCUAAUUCGAAACAUGAAUCAAAGUCUUGACCCAAAUGCUGAAAGUAUUUCACAACAGAUUCGUGAAUUUGACGCAAAGGUUAAAACUCCUGGAACAAGUUUUACAAAAAAACAAUUGGAUUAUUAUCAAGCGAUGGUGAGAAAAGCAAAAGUUAUUAUUCUUCAGUCUUGUGACAUCAUCAUUUGUACCUGUGCAAGUUCAACUAAGUUGGGAGACUAUGAAGAACUUUCGUUUGGACAAUGUAUUAUUGAUGAAUGUGCAAUGAGUUGUGAACCAGAAACUAUUCUCCCAUUAGCUACAACUGAACCAGAUCAGGUUGUGCUUAUUGGAGAUCAUAAACAACUGAGGCCUGUAAUCAAAUGUUCAACUGCUGAAAGACUUGGACUCAGUAGCUCACUUUUCAAUCGAUACAGUGAGUUUGCUGGAAUGCUUACAAUCCAAUACAGAAUGCAUCCUACAAUCAUGGACUUUCCAUCAAGAAUGUUUUAUGAAGAUAGGCUUAUCUGUGAUGAAUCUGUUUUGCAAAGACCAAAAGACAAAUGUGAUCCAUUUAAGUGGAUCAAAAACACGGCAGCAGUGUUUUGGAAUGUCAAGGGAGAAGAAAAAAUUCAGAACUUCAAAUCUUCAGAAGGUGGAGAAAAAUCGAAAUACAACAUGACAGAAGUCCGAGCAGUGAUAAAACUUCUUAUCAGACUGCACACAUCCAAAAUUCAAACACAUCGGAUCAUGAUUUUGUCACCAUACACUGCCCAAUGUGCAAGAAUUCGAGAGAAUAUCAGAAGAAAUCACAGCAAUUUGCAAGAUGUUCAUGUCGGAACAGUCGUGACAAGCCAAGGUAGUGAAGCAGACUAUGUUAUACUAUCCACUGUGAGAUCACUUCCCGAUUCUUCCAUAAUUUCAAUGCCAAAUAUUCAAUGGCGGAGAAAACAUCUUGGAUUUCUGAUUGAUCGUAAUCAGGUUAAUGUUGCGUUGACGAGAGCACGACGUCGACUAAUCAUUAUUGGAAAUCGGGAUCUUCUUCAAGUAGAUGAGCUCUGGAAUAAUCUAAUAACAGCAUACGGUAGAAAGGGGGCCGUCUUUGAAAGAAAUAUUUUGGAACCAAAACAAGGCUGAAAAAUAUGUGGCCACCAACUAUUCUUCAUCUCUGUCAUUAUUAUAUCUAACUGUUUAUUUACCGUUAAUGUAUAUGCAACUUAUUGGAUAGAAUGACAUUCCAUUCCAUCAGUGCAAUUAAUAUUUGCGGUAUAAGCAUGCACAUCGGAUUUGCAUUAUGUGGUAUCAGUUAUUAAGAAAACUCAUGCUAUGUUAUUCUGACAUAUCUAAUAAUAAUCUGUGGACUGGCUUAAUAAAUUUCUCUGUUUUUAGUCAAAUCCCGUUUUUAAACAAAACUGUGUUUCUUCAACUAAUUUUGUAAACUUAUAUGCAUUUAUACUUCUUCAAUAUAUAACCACAAUAAAGCAUAUAACAAUAUACUAAAUUACUGUAUCUGCUUAUUACAUUCCUAUGCUAGUUUGCUAUUAUUAUCAUGUUAUGCCUAAAUAAAUUAAUUAGAUAAAACCAAUAAUUACACGAGUUGUAUCCUUUUGAGAUCCAAAUAAUUAAUCUUUGAAAUAUAUUUAUUUUUAUUGUGUGUAUUUGAUCAUAUUAAUAAAAGAACUUAUAUUUGAA